CGCCGAGAUUCAAGGAGCAGAGCAGGGGCUUUGACACAUGUCAACAAACUGAUAAAUUGUCAUUCCACAGGCAUGUAAAGGUGUGCCUGUGUGGAUUAUAGCCUGGCAGGUAGCGCCGCCUACACUUCUGUCUCCAUCUGCUGUCUCCAUGACGACCCCUCCCCUAGCGACACCAUUCGUCGGGCAACAGCAGCAGCAGCAGCAGCAGCAGGCCCAGCAGGCGGCUCGUGAUGUCAACACGGCCUCGUUGUGUCGCAUUGGCCAGGAGACGGUCCAGGACAUUGUCCUCAGAACCAUGGAGAUCUUCCAGCUCCUCAGGAACAUGCAGUUGCCUAAUGGGGUGACAUACCACCCCAACACCCACCAGGACAGGCUGGGCAAGCUCCAGGAGCACCUGCGCAUGCUCUCCGUGCUCUUCCGCAAGCUUCGCCUCGUCUAUGACAAAUGCAACGAGAACUGUGCCGGGCUGGACUCCAUACCCCCAGAGCAACUGAUUCCCUUUGUUGAGGAGGACAGUUCAAAACACGAAGAUCGCUCAGCCAGUCAGAGCCGCCCAGCCAGCGAGGAGCGGAGAGAGAUCUUGGAGGUCAACAAGAAGCUGAAGCAGAAGAACCAGCAGCUGAAGCAGAUCAUGGACCAGCUCCGCAACCUCAUCUGGGAAAUCAACUCCAUGCUAGCUGUCAGGAGCUGAAUGGCAUUCUGUCGUUCACACACACACACACACACACACACACACACACAAACCAGGAGCAAGAGACAGACAUGGUCAUUGACUGGACAGGUGACAGGGUGCCAUAGACUUGUCGAGGCCGCCCUUUCUGAAGAAACGGCGGCUUUGGCAAAGCCCUCCAUCUUCACCUCCAUCUCUGUAGACAGAGUGGUACGAUAGAGGGGAAAGCGGAAGAACAGAAGGUGAAAGGUGAAAAAGAUGUUUGGGGUGGUUGGGGAGGUUUGCUUAUGAUUAAAUUAUGGGCAACAACAGAAAAUAUAUUUCGAAGUAGAUGAUGUAAUACAUUUAAGAAGACUUGAGCGUGUUGAUUUAAUCUGGGGAGUUGUUAUAUCAUGUUGUGUGUAGGUCCUAAAUUAUAGUGUAUGCGUGUAGAAACAUGAUAUAUUCUGUUUAAUAGUUUUUAUCUUAUUAUAAGAUAUUCAUUACCGAAUUUUUGGAAAUCCCUGAAGCCGACAAUGUCGGGACGAGAUGUCUUUUUUAAAUGCCUCUAUCAAACCGAGACAUACUGCACAAUGGUGAAAUCAUGAGUCUUUAUUGUAUUUUUUCCUGCUUUUUAGUCUUGGUGAUUUGAUGUCGAGUCACAGAUGUACCACUCCCACCAGAUUUCUGAAGCGCCAUCCCCAAUGCCUUGUUAACGCUGGUGAUUCUGUCGAACUAUAAAUCAUGCUGUGAUUUUUUGGGGUCACUGCUGCUCCGAGAUAUUUAUGUAAUAUAUAUUUUGUAGAUAUCAUAUGACGACAGACAAAUCCUGCGGAGGAGUCUCGCCGUCGUCUUUCUCCUCUGUGGGUUUUUUGCGGGUUAUAAACCAAGCCUCUUUACUAGAUGGCAAAGCAGAGAGACAGAAAGAUGACAGAGAGAGAGAGAGAGAGGGACAAAGAGAGAGAGCAAAUUCAUAAAGGAUCUAUACUCCAAACAAACACAGUCGUGAUCUAAAAUCUUUUAAGUACAUGCACAUGUACACUUGCAAAACCACACACACAGGGCACCACCGUCAGGCCCGGGACACGCAUCAGAAUAUCAAGUGUCUGAUAUGGAUGUGUUUAAUAAUUCAGAGCAUUGCCAGGGUCGCAGCUAAGACGUGUUAUGAGGCUACUGUCCUCAGGGAGAGGCAGAAGGACAGAUGCAUCAUGGAGGAGUGAAGACGCUUUUAGAAGAUGGGGGGGGGGGUGAAAAAAAUCAAUGCCAGCCCCGAGCAAUGACUAAUAAACCGUCUCUGGCUGGUCUAAUACAGGGGUGGUUAUUAUGUCUCCAAAGGGCAGCAGCAUCGGGGGACUAUUAUUACCAUACAAAUGGAGUGUGUUGUCAUUUGGCUGAGUGAGAGGUCAGAGCGGUGACUUCAUUUGAACGAGAACCUGACUCAGUACGUUGGAAAAUAAAGUGAAAUUAAAUAAAAUACAACGAAGCACAUAAAAA